AUGAAGCAGAGACAGAGACCGAGUUCUUCAAUUAAACCCGAGAAUGCUACUCGCCGAGUUGACUCGGACCGGAACAUUAUUAACAACAGGGGAAAAGCUUCGAGAGAUGUGAAUAAUAAUAAAUUAGAAGGAAAGAAUCAUAAUAAGCUCCGGAAGAAAAGCGCGUUGGUAGAUUACGAAUCGUUGCCGGAUUAUAUGAAGGACAAUGAGUUCAUCAGAGAUCAUUACCGGUGCGAAUGGCCACUGAACGACGUCGCUCUCAGCCUCUUCUCUGUUCAUAAUGAAACUCUCAAUAUCUGGACACAUUUGGUCGGAUUUUUAAUCUUUGCCUGGUUCACGGCGGUGAGUUUGACGGAGAAGGCAACGGUGGAGAAUUUGGUUGGGAAUUUCUUCAGUAGACGGACGAGCUCUGCACCGUUGAUGAAUAUUACGGCUGAGAAAAUCAACGGCUCAGAUCCCUUUUUCCAAGAUUCAUAUGUGGGUUAUAUUCCUAAGCCCUCAAUCUUACAUCUCAGUGGCGUGUCUGAUGUUAUCCCAAAAUGGCCUUGGUUUGUUUUCUUAGGUGGUGCUAUGUGCUGCUUGAUAUGUAGCUCCAUUUCCCAUCUGUUUGCUUGCCACUCCAAACGUUUUUAUCUCUUCUUCUGGCGCCUCGAUUACGCUGGCAUUUCUGUGAUGAUUGUCUGCUCCUUCUUUUCUCCGAUCUACUAUACUUUCUCAUGUCACCCAUAUGUGCGUCUGUUUUACCUGACCUUUAUUACUUUAGCGGGUAUUGUUGCCAUUGUCACCCUUCUUUCCCCAGCUCUAUCAUCUGGCCGGUAUCGGUCUUUUAGGGCCACCCUUUUUCUGACCAUGGGAUUCUCAGGGGUGAUACCAGCAGCACAUUCAGUCAUUCUGUAUUGGGACAGUAGUCCCCAUAUAUCUCUGGCCCUUGGAUAUGAGUUACUUAUGGGCAUUCUCUAUGCUGUCGGAGCAGGAUUCUACAUGAGUAGGAUUCCAGAAAGGUGGAAACCCGGAGCAUUCGACAUUGUAGGACAUAGUCAUCAAAUCUUCCAUGUAUUUGUUGUUGCUGCUGCCCUUGCUCAUAGUGCUGCCACUCUCUUUAUAAUGGACUGGCGUCGAGGCUCACCAAUGUGUUAG